UUGAAGUGGUGUUCUCUAAAGAAUAACGCAGAUUGCGAAUUUAACCAGCGUCUGCAGUAAGCGUUCAGUACCACAUAUCAUUUCUAUUGGUGAAUGAAAAUAAGUGCACAUUAACUCCCACAAGUGAAUAAAUACAACGUCAGUAAAGCAAUUAUAACUUUACGCUCCAACACACCUUUGCAUAGGCAUACAUAUGUAUGUAUGUAUGUACAUAUAUACAUGCAUAAUUAAAUGAAAGUGAAAAUGCCACAAGACACAAUGGAACGCCAGAACCACCAAGUCAUGAACGAUAAUAUGAAAGAUAAAUACGGACGUCCCGUUAAGCCAGCUGCAACGUUCACAAAUGCUGCAUACACCAACGAUGAGCAUGGUGCCGAGACCAUAUUUCGGCGCAAAAGCGGUAAUGCCAAUGGUCUACAGUUGACGGAGAAUGGCAAUGUCAAGGAAGCAAGUGCGCCGAUUCCACCGCCGAUGGAUUUCGAUGACAUAUUGCCGUUGAUUGGCGAAUUUGGGAAAUAUCAAAAAAUUCUAUUCCUACUGAUGAUACCGUUCGCCACAUUUGUGGCCUUCGUUUAUUUUUCGCAAAUUUUCAUGACACUCGUACCGGAGCAACAUUGGUGUCAUGUGCCCGAACUGGAAGAGCUCAGUGUGGAGGAGAGAUUGGCGUUGUCAAUACCGCGUAUGAGCGGCAUUCGGGAGUACGACAAUUGCAAGAUGUAUGAUGUGAAUUAUACGGAAGUUUUAGCGAAGGGCAUGCGCAAGGCUGACCCGACUUGGCCGGUAGUAGCUUGCCGCCAAGGCUGGUCAUACAACUUCACCGAUUAUCCAUACUCCACAGUGGCAACCGAACAGAAUUGGGUUUGUGAGCAUGAUGCGCUGCCCACUUAUGCUCAAUCGAUAUUCUUUCUCGGCGCUAUUGUCGGCGGUUUACUGUUCGGUUGGAUCGCCGAUAAAUUUGGUCGUAUACCUGCUUUAGUCGGCUGCAAUUUGAUUGGUUUUGCGGCCGGUGUCGGUACUUCGUUUACGAGAAAUUUCUGGCAAUUCGCCUUGAUGCGCUUCUUCGUUGGAUUCGCAUUCGAUAAUUGCUUUACAAUGAUGUACAUUCUCGUUCUGGAGUAUGUCGGCCCUAGAUAUCGGACGUUCGUCGCUAACAUGUCGAUUGCAUUGUUUUUCACGGCCGCUGCUUGCAUUUUACCUUGGAUUGCAUAUUUUAUUGCAGACUGGAAGCUGUUUGCUAUCGUUACAUCUGCCCCUUUGAUUUUGGUCGUACUAACACCUUUCGUAAUACCAGAAUCGGCCAGAUGGCUUGUAUCGCAAGGGAAAGUGGAGAAAGCUGUGUCUAUAUUGAAAAGACUUGAGAAAGUUAAUGGCAAGCACGUGCCCACGGAAACCUACCAAACCUUCAGCGCCAGUUGUUUGAAGUUGAAGCAAGAAGAAAACAAGAAUAGCAGUUAUUCAAUUCUGGAUCUUUUUAAAACACCCCGACUGCGACGUACCACACUGCUACUUAUUGUCAUUUGGAUGGCAAUUUCACUGGUGUUUGAUGGUCAUGUACGAAACGUGAGCUCGCUAGGAGUAAAUGUGUUUUUCACCUUUACUGUGGCUUGCUUCACCGAGUUUCCAGCCGAUUCCAUACUAACAAUUAUACUAGACAAAUGGGGACGACGUUGGUUGGCUUGCGGUUCUAUGGUUGCCAGUGGUAUUUUCAGUUUGUUCGCUACACUGGUGCCAACAGGCAUUUACUUCGCCUCAUUCGCCAUUAUGGGUCGCUUUUUUGUUAACAUUUCAUACAAUAUUGGCCUGCAAUAUGCAGCUGAGAUUCUGCCCACUGUUGUACGCGCGCAAGGAGUUGCCUUCAUUCACAUCAUGGGUUAUGUGGCGAGCAUAAUCGCUCCGUUUGUUGUAUACUUAGAGAAAGUUUCACCAGUUCUUCCGCUUGUGAUUUUGGGUGUUCUAGGUAUUAUUGGGGGUCUGCUGGCUUUAUUGCUGCCAGAAACCUUGAACCAUGAUCUACCACAAACACUAACAGAUGGUGAAGAAUUUGGACGAGGUCAGAGUAUUUGGGAUUUCCCAUGCUUGACGAAAAGGCUGGAGGAACCUAGAAGCUUGGAAGAACGACAACAAAACUUUGUACGUUCUACGCAAACAGGCGCUUCGCUGCGAUCUUCAACUCGUGGUGAACUGCGUUCAAGUAUAUUAAGAAGGUCCGUGAAUUCGCGAUACUCAUCGAAACUUUAAAUAAAAAAAAAAAACA